AUGGACUCUACACUUGCGUCUCGUCCUCGGCCGCGGCCGGCUCAUAUCGCAGGCAUUACACGAUGUGCCUAUACGACAGACGGCUCCCGUCUGAUAACCGUCGGCUCCAACAAUACCAUCCGCAUGUACAAGACAGGAUUCGAUGGCGAACCGACCAAUUUCGAUGAUUGCCCAGAGCAAAAUGUCACAGUCGCUGCCGGCCAGGAUGCCUUUGUUGUCGGCUCUGAAGAUGGAACUGUCAGCCUAUAUUCCAUGGCGACGACCUCGGUAGAUCGGUUCCUCACGCGCACAAUCUUGCCGGUCCGAGAUAUCUCGUUGACAGCCGACUUUGAGUGGUGUGCUGUAGCCAGCGGUGAUUCGACAGUCAAGAUCGUGGGGAUCAAGGAGGGCACGCCGGAAAAGCACCUGCGUGAUCACAACAGACCAGUUCGACAUGUCACCCUCGACCCACAAGGAAGCCUUGCCGCUGUUUCUGCCGACGAUGGCAUCAUAUAUAUAUACUCUAUUGCUUCAGACGAGCCGGAGCUUGUUCACAAGCUGGAUGGGAUUAUCGGAGUGGUGGCCGAUGAUAAUGAGGAGGUGACCACCAAAGCGGUCUGGCACCCAGAUGGAAGAGCCUUUGCCGUACCAACCCCCACCCAUGGGAUUGAAGUCAUCUCCAAGGGCGAUUGGGCGAAGCAGCGCGGCUUUUCUGAUGGACACCUCGCCGAGAUCACUGCUCUUGCUUGGUCACCGAACGGUGCCCUGCUUGCCUCAGCAGGAAAGGAUGGCAAGGUGUUGAUAUGGGAGACCAAAUCACAGACUGUGAUUCAACGCUAUGAGUAUUCUAACGUGCUAGACCUGGCAUGGCAUCCUACCAAGAAUAUCAUGUCGUUUUCGACAUCAGAUGGCGAGGUUUACAUAUACCCUGAUUUCCUUCCAGAGCAAUUCAGUUCGAUCCUCAAGCUACCGAAGCAACCUGCUCCAUUCUUUCACGACCCUCGUGCAGAGAGCUCAUUGAAUAGGAGGCCCAUGGUCCCAAAUGGCCAACAGCCUAACAAUUUGCCCUCUCGCCCCCGAAGAGAGUCUCUUGGAAGUCUUGAUUCUUUUAUUGGGGACGACUAUGGAGAUGGCGAUGACUUUGUUGUGGACGAUGAUGGUGCUGGUUAUGUUGUGGGUGGCCAAAAGAGAGCCCACGAUGGAGAUCUGGAUGAGCAUUCUCGGAAACGCAGACAACUAGAACCACAAUACCAUGAGUCGUUUCAACCCGGAUCUACACCAUGGAGGGGCAACAGGAAAUACCUAUGUCUGAACCUCAUCGGUUUUGUGUGGACUAUCGACCAGGAUUCACAUCACACAGUAACAGUCGAAUUCUAUGACCACGACCUUCAGAGAGACUUCCACUUUACAGACACAUUUCUUUAUGAUAAGGCCUGUCUAAACGAACAUGGUUCCUUGUUUUCUUGCCCACCAAAAGACGAUACACCGGCCGUCAUCUUCUACAGACCACACCAGACCUGGACGCAACGGACAGAUUGGCGUACGGAGCUUCCCAAAGGCGAGGCAGUUACUGCCAUGUCGCUAAGCGAAUCUUUCAUCACUGUCACGACCAGCGCCAAUUACGUCCGCGUAUUUACGCUCUUUGGCAUCCCCUAUCGUGUUUACCGCCCCAAGAGCUCGCCAACUGUUACCUGUGCCAGUUGGCGGGACUACGUACUCACGAUAGGGAAUGGAGCUGUUGGUCCCGACGGCAACACUCGCCUUCAGUACACGAUCGAAAAUGUGAAGCGAGACGAAGUGAUCCAGAACGAGGACACCGUAGCUCUCCCAGAGGGAGCCACCCUACAGAGUGUUUUCUUCUCUGACAAUGGCGAACCCUGCAUCUACGAUUCGACGGGGACGCUGCUCACUUUGCUUCACUGGCGCCAGCCUUCUCGAGCUUACUGGGUCCCCCUCCUUGACACCAAGCUCCUCGAUCGUCUUGCUUCAGGACGGAAAUCUGAGUCGUACUUCCCUGUAGCGGUGGCUGACAACAAGUUCCACUGCAUUAUUCUCAAGGGCGGAGACAGAUACCCGUACUUCCCAAGACCUUUGCUUUCUGAGUUUGAGUUCUCUAUUCCCCUCUCGUCGGCUCCGAAGGAAAAGCCAAAGAAGAACGACGAAGAUGAAACGAUGGAAGACGACGAGGACGAGAGUGCCGAUUCAGAAACAAAGAAGCUUGAGCAGCAAUUUGUCCUCCAGGGCGUCAAGGCAGCACAGCUCCGCGACCUGGUUGACUCCACAUCUGGAAGCCAUUCACAACGCUCGUUACUCGCAAGACUCGAGCUUGAAAUCGACAAGACCCUACUGCAGCUGCUUGCCGUGGAGUGUAGAGAGGGUGAGGAGCGUGGAAUGCGCGCCCUGGAGAUGGUGGAACUGAUGCGUGAUCGGACGGGUAGAAUGUUUGAGGCCGCCGGCAAGGUAGCGGACCGAUAUGAGCGAACGCUGCUAGGAGAGAAGAUUCGCGAGGUUGGGGAGAGGAGGACUAGUGGUCUGGACGAUGACGAAUAG